AUGUCUUCAGUAAAAGGACGAGUUCUUCUUGCUUAUUCUGGUGGUCUAGAUACUUCUUGCAUCCUCGCAUGGCUGAUCGAACAAAAUUAUGAAGUAAUAACUUAUAUGGCCAAUGUUGGCCAAGAAGAGGAUUUCGAGGCUGCUAGAGAAAAAGCCUUAAAAAUCGGUGCAAAAAAAGUCUAUAUUGAGGACUUACGUCGAGUUUUUGUGGAAGAACUGAUCUUUCCUACCAUACAAGCCAACGCUAUUUAUGAGAAUGUUUAUCUUUUGGGUACUUCGAUUGCAAGACCAGUUAUUGCCAAACGUCAGAUGGAAAUAGCUGAAAAAGAAAAUUGUCAAUAUAUGUCACAUGGUUGUACUGGAAAGGGUAACGAUCAAGUUCGUUUCGAGUUGGCCUAUUAUGCUUUGAAACCUGAUAUUCAGGUCAUUGCACCAUGGAGGAUUCCAGAAUUUUAUGAGCGUUUUCCUGGGCGCCAAGCACUCUUGGCUUAUGCUGCGGAAAAAAAUAUCCCUGUUGUACAAACGGUCAAGAAGCCAUGGUCAACUGAUGAAAAUUUGUAUCAUAUUUCAUACGAAGCUGGAAUUCUUGAAGAUCCAAACGUAACUCCUCCAAAAGAUAUGUGGAAAUUAACCGUAGACCCUGAAGACGCACCUAAUACACCUGAACGUAUUACAAUUGCUUUUGAAAAAGGGAUACCUGUUAUGGUUAAAAAUCAUUCUGAUGGUACUACUGUAUCUGACCCUCUUGAUCUGUUCAUUUAUUUGAACACAAUUGCGCGCAGAAAUGGUAUAGGAAGGAUAGACAUAGUUGAAAAUCGUUACAUAGGCAUCAAGAGUCGAGGGUGUUAUGAAACUCCUGGCGGUACUAUUUUACGUGCUGCUCACGUUGAUUUAGAAGGAUUAGUCCUUGAUCGACAAGUGAGAAACCUAAGAGAUCAAUUUAUUACCCCUCAAUUUUCUCAAUUAUUAUAUAAUGGGCAAUAUUUUUCUCCAGAGCGUGACGUCUUAUCCGCUGCUCUUUUAGAAAGUCAAAAACGUGUAAAUGGGGAGGUCAAGUUAAAGCUUUAUAAAGGAAAUGUUAUUGUUGAAGGUCGAAAAUCUGAUACGGAAAAGUUAUAUGAUAUGGACGAAAGUUCAAUGGAUGUUGCUGGAGGUUUUAGUCCUCAAGAUGCAGAUGGAUUCAUCAAAAUUCAAAGUAUAAGACUGAAAAAAUGGGGGAAAAUACUUGAGUCACCAGUACAUUUGAUGUUAAAUGCUAUCCCAAGAACUUAUGAAACGAACUCAAUUUCUCCGCUAUCCGAGAUGAAACAGGCCAUUCGAUUUUCAAAAAUGCACACUUAUUCGCCACAUUCAUUAACUGACAAUAUAUAUCCUUAUUACUUUCGAGCCGGGUCUGAGCCUGAUAAUGAUGACAUAACUGUUGCUGCUUAUAUCACGCAGGAUCGAUUAGAUGAUUUAAUAAGAUUAGCUGACAUAUGGAAAGGCACUUUAAAUUCUAUUAAAAAUUUAUAUGAAAAAAAUCUAAAUGUUGCAACGUAUGUUGAUAUACAUUUAAUAAUGGGUCCAUAUAGUACAAAAAAUACGACAUUGCAGCCUGUACAAACUAAUAUUCAUAUGAAUACUGCACGGUUAUUUGCUCGUACAGAAUUUAUCUUCUUUCUUGAUUUCGAUACUUGGCCAACGUCUGGUUUACGUUCAAGGAUCCUGAAUCAUAGUGAUUUACUCUUAAAUAAUGAUGUUCUGAUAUUACCAACUUUUACUUUUGCCAAUGAUGCUAAAGAUUUUAGCUUUCCACGAGGAAAACAAGAUGUCAAAAGAUUGGUACAAAGUCAAUUGUUGGGAUUAAAAGAUAAGGGUUGGGAACUUAAUAAUGGACCGACCUGUUUAAAUCAAUGGAUGAAUAGUGAUGAACCGUACAAAGUCGAAAAUUAUGAGUUACACUAUACACCAAAUUUUGUUAUAAGAAAAAGUGGGAAAAUACCUUG